AUAUCGUAACGAUGACUGCCACAACCAACACCGAGUUCAACCAGAAUACCGAAGCUCUUUCUGUGGCUGCAGCGUUCCCAGAAUCCAUCAAAGGCAGAACCAUCCUAAUUACUGGUGCCAACAAGCUGGGCAUCGGGUAUACCACCGCAGAGGCUCUCGCUUCACAAGGCCCAAAAUGUCUCAUCCUCGCCGGCCGUUCUCCCUCCAAGGUCCAAGAAUGUAUCGACGCUCUGAGUUCGAAAUAUCCAAACAUAGACUACCGCCUCUUGGAAGUCGAGCUUAGUUCUCAAUCCUCCAUCAAGAAAGCCGGGUCCACCGUGAUGAGCUGGUCCGACAUUCCCACAAUCGACCUCGUCAUCAACAACGCCGGAGUCAUGAACCUGCCCCAGCGCACGCUCAGCGUCGACGGUAUCGAGAUGCACUUUGCCACCAACCACCUCGGUCAUUUCUUGUUGGACAACAUCAUCAUGCCCAAACUGAUCGCCGCAGCAAAAACUUCCUCCUCUGGUUUCGUCCGAAUCAUCAACGUCAGCAGCGUCGGUACCAUGGUUUCACCCCUUCGUGUCAGCGACGUCAACUUUACCAAGCCCGUCAAAGAUCUCCCCGAGUCCGAAAAGCCCAACGUGGCCAUGCUGAAGGCCGCAGGACUCCCCGCUAAUGAAGAUCUGGUGUACAUGCCCUUUGCCGCUUACGGACAAAGCAAAACCAGCAACGUCUUGUUCUCGGUCGGCCUCAACGACAAGCUGUACGCCAGAUACGGCAUCCUCAGUCUCGCCCUGCACCCCGGCGAGAUGAAGAGUGAACUGGCUCGACAUACGGACAAGGAGUGGCUCGCAAAGGCCCUCGAGGCGAGAGCGGCCCGUGGUGGUUCGGUCAAAUCGCUUGAGGCAGGAGCCAGCACUACUCUCGUCGCCGCGUUGGAUCCCAAACUCGGUCGACCAGGCAGUGAUGGCAAGGGUUACUUUCUCAGUGAUUGCCAGGUCGGUGAUGUCCAGCCGUAUGCCGUCGACGAGGCCAUCGCUCGUAAGUUGUGGGAACUCAGUGAGAGAUUCGUCGGAGAGAAGUUCACAUGGUGAGAUAAGGGUGGCUGAUUGAAUAAAACGAGUGAACCUGUACAGCGCCACACUGCCGUGUACCCUACUCUAUAUACUGUGCCUGAUUUCCAGCCCAAUCAUGAAUGUAGGGGAUAUGUAUUCGAACCAUAGCAAUUCUGCGUUGUUGAUGCAGGCAGAGAAUAACCAAAGGUUCGG